AUGAAGACUGUCUUCCAACUGCUUCUGCUGAUACUGUCACUAGUGGCCACCCUACUGGGGGUGACCGCCCAGGAAUUCAAUCCGGAAGUUUGGUGUCGAUCGGAGUCGUACCGGUUCUUUGCUGAUCCAACCGAUUGUGGUCGAUUUGUUUUCUGCAAUGAGGGAAUAGUGGAGCAGUUUGAGUGUCCGGCGAGUGAAAUUUGGUCCCAAGAAGAUGGAGGUUGUAUCCGGGGUUAUCGGGACAGUUGUACCCCUUGGGAUUUUCGGGAGGCAUGCAACGAGAUUGAAGGCGAUGGAGUGGUGGCAGAUUUGCGUGACUGUAGCCGGUUUAUCAGCUGCGUUGAAGGGGAAGCCGAGCUGAUGAACUGUGCUAGGGGGUAUAUUUUCUCAGAGGAGCGAAUGGAGUGUAUUCUGGGAAGCGUGCUAGGGUGCGAGUCAUUGGAGUCGAUUUGUGAUGGUAACAGUGAUCAUGAGAAGAUGUUUGUGCAUCCUGAAAUUUGUUCGGCCUUUAUUGGGUGUGAGAAUGGGAAUGCUACUGUCGAGUUCUGUCCAGAAGGUGAAAUAUUUCGGGAAGAUACACAAUAUUGUGUUAGAGGUAAUGCGGACAGCUGCUUGGUCUAUCCGGCUGAGAAUGUUUGCACGGAAAUACAAAAUGGGACUGUUGCGCACCCGGAGGUUUGUACAAACUACGUGGAAUGUUUCAAUGGGACCAUGACGGUGAAUAGUUGUCCAAGGGGAACAGUAUUUAAACCUUUAACUUUGGCGUGCACUGUGGGCAAUUCGGAGACCUGUUUGUCGCUCGUAAGCGAAUGUGAAAGUGUGCCCGAUUCAGUUUGGUUGAUGCAUCCGAACCAUUGUGAUCUGUUUGUGAACUGUAACGAUGGAUCUGCAUCGCUUGGUGUUUGUUCACCUGGAAAAAUUUUCCGCCCGGAGCAGCAAUUUUGUGUACCAGGAGACAGUAUCUCUUGUGAGUUCACGCCCCUGGAAAGAAUGUGCGAUGAUAGUCAGAUUGGCGCCAUUUUUCCAAAUCCUGAAAACUGUUAUUCUUACGUGAGGUGUGAACUGGUCAAUGGAAAGUUUAAUUCAACUAUUAAUUCCUGCCCCGACAACCAUAUAAUUCAACCAAACACACUUAACUGUAUACUAGGCAUUCCUGAAACAUGCCAACCUUUGACGGAAGUGUGCCAAGAUCGAAAUGACCAACGCAUUCCUGUUGCGUCAGAUUGUAGUUCAUACAUUCUGUGUCAACAUGAAAAUGCCGUAACAUUGGCAUGCCCACCAGGUGAAAUAUUCGAUCCAGAAGGUUUAAUUUGCAUUCCUGGAUACAGUAAUGAGGAGUCUUGUCGUGCUCUAAGCUGUGAAGACAUCACUAGUGGGCUUUCAAACCAUCCCGAUUUUUGCCACAUAUUUUACAGAUGUGAUGGGAGAGAUAUCACUACUCACAUGUGCCCCUUGGGUCACAUCUUCAACGGUAGAUUCGAGAUAUGUGCCCCAGGAGACCUGGAAUCUUGUGAGUUUGAUCCGUUAGGAACGAUGUGUACCGGUCGUUUAAGUGGAGUACGUUUUCCAUACCCGGAUGAAGAUAUCUGCACCGAUUAUGUUGUUUGUGAUAAUCAGGAAGCCGAUCGUCAGCAAUGUCCUCCGGAUACUGUUCUCCAGCCACAGACUCUGGAAUGUGUACCGGGUUUGGUAGAUACUUGUGAGCGUUUUAACGUAACAUGUGAUCCUAAUCUGGAACAAGUGUUCCCCCAUCCUACUCGUUGUGAUUUGAAGAUUAUCUGCGUCGCCGGAUCAAUAUCGGUAGAGAGUUGUCCGGAAGGGCAAAUUCUUGAUCCAGAAACCCUAAGUUGUGUAACGGGAGAGGUAUUAUCGUGCUUGUGUGCUGGUCAGCCUGACGGAAUCAUACAACACCCAUCGAUUUGCAAAACUUACAUUCAAUGCAGCAGUGGGGAAGGAAUUGUCAACAGUUGCAAUGAAGGAGAAGUAUUCAGUGCUGAGCUCAUGCGAUGUCUUCCUGGAAACAUGGAAACGUGUCAAGUUAAACCGGUCGAUCGAUGGUGCGAGGGUAUGCCCAACGAUAUCCAAUAUCCCCACCCUGACAGGUGUGUAAGCUUUGUAACCUGCCAAAAUGAGCUUGUGGUAGAAGAUAUUUGUGAUAGAGGACUUAUCGUUUCACCGAAUUCUGAUCGAACGGUUAGUUGUAUUGUUGGAAACUCGGACACUUGUCAAAGACUCGAUGACCAGUGCCUUGAACAGACUGAUGGAAUCGUUAUUGAACAUCCAAACCAUUGCGACCUGUUUCUUUCUUGUGACACUCAGCAAACAAACCUUCAAAUGUGUGAACCUAAUCUUAUAUUCGAUCCGGAGCUGCUGCAAUGUGCCUUUGGUGAUUCGGAAAACUGUAUUGGAACAUGCGCUGAUGAGGAUGAUGGAACUAUCAUACCACACCCAGAUGAAAAUAUUUGUGAACAAUUUCUCCGUUGCCAGAAUGAGCUCGCAAUGGUUGAUCUAUGUCCUUUGGGAACUAUAUUCAGCGGAUCCUCACGAACAUGUACGGCCGGAAACUCUGAAACCUGCGAAGACUACAGCAGCCGUUGUUCUGACCUACCGGACUCGGUCAUAUCUUUCCCGCAAUCAGAACUCUGUGAGCUGUUUUUGAGUUGCUCCGAUAGUGAGACAACCGUAAGAACCUGUCCUGAGGGAACCAUUUUCAGAGAAGAAGCGCAAAUGUGCGUUGCUCGGGAAGCAGACACUUGUGAAGUAUCCAGUGACUUAGGGUCUUUCUGUGAGGAACUAGAAGACGGUGAAUAUGCCCAUCCAAAUGUCUGCUUUCUGUUUGUUGAAUGCAGUGGGGGCAUACAAACGAUUCAAUCUUGUCCUCCUGGAACUGUCUUUGAAGGAACCGAUUGCGUGGAUGGGAACCGAGAUGAGUGCCCUUGA